AUGCUCUACUUCGCGCCCUGGAAGACGGUUCUGAUCUGGCUGACCGUGGCGGUCGGCGUCGCGUUCGCGCUGCCCAACCUUUAUCCGCAAUCGGUGCGCGACAGCCUGCCGGACGUCGUGCCCAGCGACUCGCUGGCGCUCGGGCUCGACCUUCAGGGCGGCGUGCACCUGCAACUCAGGCUCGACCGCGACGAUCUGGUCGAACAAAGGCUCGAAGCGACGCGCGACGAGGUGCGGCGCCUGCUGCGUGCCGAGGGCAUCGGCUAUACCGGCCUUUCGGGCCAGGGCCAGACGGUCGGCUUCACGCUGCGCGACCCCAGCGAUGCCGAUGCAAUGCGCGAGGCGCUUGCCGAUCUGACGACACCGGUCACCACCGGACUUCUGACCGGCGGCACGGUGCGCGAGAUCGUCCUUUCCGGGCCCGAUGCCAACGGAAGGUACGAACUGGAGAUCACCGACCAGGGGCUCGACUACCGGAUGGCCGGGGCGCUGACCCAGACCGUGGAGGUCAUUCGCGGCCGCAUCGACGAGCUGGGCACGACCGAACCGGUGAUCCAGCGCCAGGGCGCCGACCGCAUCAUCGUGCAGGUGCCGGGCCUUGACGAUCCCGAGCGCCUGAAAGAGCUGAUCGGCACCACGGCGCGGCUGGCCUUCCGCAUGGUCGAUGUGACGACGCCGGUCGAGGACGCGCUCGGCAGCCGGCCGCCGGUCGGCACGGAGAUCCUCUAUUCGACCGACGACCCGCCGAUCCCGUACGUGAUCGAGACGCGCGAGAUCGUCACCGGCGAGAACCUUGAGGAUGCGCAGGCGGGCUUUGACCAGCGCACCAACGAACCGAUCGUCACUUUCCGUUUCGACGGCACGGGCGCGCAGCGCUUCGGCCGGGCGACGCAGGAAAAUGUCGGCCGCCCGUUCGCCAUCGUGCUCGACGAUCAGGUGAUUUCCGCGCCGGUGAUACGCGAGCCGAUCCUGGGCGGCACGGGCCAAAUUUCCGGCAAUUUCACCGUCGAUGGCGCCAACGAUCUGGCGAUUCUCCUGCGCGCCGGCGCGCUGCCGCUGAAACCGACCUUCGUCGAGGAACGCACGGUCGGCCCGUCGCUCGGCGCCGAUUCCAUUGCAGCCGGCGAGAUCGCGGGCAUCAUCGGCGCGUUCCUCGUCGUCGGCUUCAUGUUCGUCGCCUACGGCUUUCUGGGCGUCAUCGCCAAUCUGGCGCUGAUCAUCAACAUCACUUUGGUGAUCGCCGCGCUCUCGGCGCUCGGCGCGACGCUGACGCUGCCGGGCAUUGCCGGCAUCGUGCUGACGGUCGGCAUGGCGGUCGACUCCAACGUUCUGAUCUUCGAGCGCAUCCGCGAGGAGCGGCUUGGCGGGCGAAGCCUCAUCCAGGCGAUCGACGCCGGCUUCCAGCGCGCCUUCACCACCAUCGUCGAUGCCAACGUGACGACGCUGAUCGCUGCGAUCAUCCUUUUCUAUCUCGGCUCCGGCCCGAUCCGCGGCUUUGCCGUCACGCUCGCCAUCGGCAUCAUCACCACGGUCUUCACCGCCUUCGUCCUGACGCGCUGGAUGAUGGCGUUCUGGCUGAAGCGCCGCAAACCCAAGGAACUGCCGCUCGGCCUUGGCAAGCAUCUGCGCCCCGACACCAAGAUAAAGUUCAUGUGGCUGCGGCGCUAUUCGUUCACGGUCUCCUCGCUGAUCGUCGUCGCCUCGAUGGCGCUGUUUGCCACGGUGAACAUGAAUUUGGGCAUCGACUUCAAGGGCGGCUCGCUGAUCGAGGUGCAGGCGAUCGAGGGCGAGGCCGACAUUGGCGGCAUCCGCAACGGGCUUUCGGAUCUCAAUCUUGGCGAUGUGCAGGUGCAGGGUUUUGGCGCGCCGACCGAUGCGCUGAUCCGCAUCGAGAGCCAGGGCGGCGGCGACAAUGCCGAACAGAGCGCCAUCACCAAGGUGCGCGCCGUGCUUGAGGAAGACUACAAUAUCCGCCGCGUGGAAGUGGUCGGACCGACCGUUUCGGGCGAACUGGCGACCGCCGGCACCAUCGCGGUGCUUGCGGCGCUUGGCGCGAUCCUGAUCUACAUCUGGCUCAGGUUCGAGUGGCAGUUCGCGCUCGGCGCGAUCAUCGCGACGACGCACGAUGUGCUGCUCACCAUCGGCAUGUUCGUUGUGACCGGGCUCGAAUUCAACCUGUCGAGUAUCGCUGCGAUCCUGACCAUCGUCGGCUAUUCGCUGAACGACACCGUCGUCGUCUACGACCGCGUGCGCGAGAAUUUGCGGCGCUACAAGAAGAUGCCGGUGCCCGAGUUGCUCGACAUGUCGAUGAACCAGACGCUGCCGCGCACCAUCCUCACGUCGGUGACGACGCUUCUUGCGCUGCUUGCGCUGUUCUUCUUCGGCGGCGAGGUGCUGCAAUCGUUUGUCGCCGCGAUGAUCUUCGGCGUGGUGAUCGGCACCUAUUCGUCGAUCUUCAUCGCAGCGCCCAUCCUGAUCAUGUUCCGCCUGCGGCCGGGCGCGCUGUCGCAGGAGAGCGACGACGCGCAGAAGGAAAAGGGCGGGGCGGUGGCAAAGACCAUCCGCGCCGGCAUCGAGAUCCGCGAUGCGCAUUUUCCCGGUCGUGCGCCGAUCGACGCCUAUGGCAGCGGCGGCUUCCGCUUUGCCGAGAUGAGCCAUCGCGGCUCGAUUCUCGCCCUGCCGUCGGGCAUCCAUGGCUGGGACGCCAAGCGCUUCGAGGAGAUCGACCUGACGAGCCUUGAGAAAGUCAUCGCCGACGCCGCCGACAUCGAAGUGCUGCUGGUCGGCUGCGGGCCGGACCUGCGCGUUCUGCCCAAGCGCCUGCGCGACACGCUGCGCGAAGAGCAUGGCAUCGUCACCGAAGCGAUGGCGACCGGUGCCGCCGUGCGCACGAACGGGCCGUCGCCGCGGCGCUGA